CUCUGAUUGUCAUUCAUAGCUCUCUAUCAUACCAACCAUUCCGCGGGGUAGAAUUUUCAUAGAAUCUGCUUAUUUGGAGGACUUAUCCGCGUUACUGGACCGUCGGAACAACCACCCCGUCUCAUAACGUGUGGAAAAUCUGGAUGAUUUUCAAUACAACGUCAAUUUGGAGAAUCUUUUGCUAGUGGACAUCAUCCAAUGCAGCAUUCACCUCACUAUCAUCACUCAGGGAAUCCAGUGGAUGAAAACGACAGCAAGAGUGAAAGUCCUAGCAGAAAGAGACGUCGUCUUUCACACAGUGUUAUAGAUCUCACGCAUUCACCCAGUCCUCCACCUACCAGACCCUGGCAAUCAAAUCAAGAACCUCAACACCGACUUAGUAAUUCUGGUCGGCAUGGUAACCCCUUGCAUAUCACAGGGGAUAGAUGUAAUACACCAGGUCGAAGGUCAUCUGGUGGAAGAAGCCCUGUAAUUAGAAGACAAAGCCAAAGAUAUCGAGAGAGACUAGCAAGGAGAUACAACAACCAGUCGCCACUCACAAACGAAAGGAGAGCAUUCCAUCCACCAAACAUACCCCCAAGGCUGUCUCAACCAGCCCCGCCACCCCCUCAUCAUCAUCAACAGUCUCAGCAGCAACCAAUUGUACUUGAAGUUGACCAGAUGUCUUCUGUUCCAGUUUCCAUAUCAUUCUCCGUGCCACAGCAAACAAUUCCUAUUUGCUCAUCGCAGCCUUUCCCAGCAUGCAACAUGCAGUAUCAACCUCCGCAGCAUCACCACCAUCAUCACCACCAUCCUGGUAUCCCAUCAUGCAAUCCAUUGCAGCCGCCUCGUCACCAUCCGGCCGGUAUUCCCGUAACAGUUUGCAAUGCGGCACAUAUCCCAGCAUGCAAUGUGACUCAUAUACCAGUGUGUUCUGUCACGCAGACCAUCCCAAUGACACCAAUCUACCCUCAGAACACUUUUUUUACUGCUCCUCCCAUGCAUCAUUAUCAUCCGCAUCCCCACCCUCAUCCGCAUCAUCACCACCACACCCACUUACAACAGACAACGCAAUUUCUACCUCCUCAGCAACCCCAAAGAUCGCCUAUGCAUUCUGUUGAAAAUGAUGUUGAAAUACUCAGCGACAGGAUAUCACACCCUCAGUCACAUGCAGGGACCGCUCAAUUCCACCAUGUGCCUUCACCCAUCCAACACCAUCCAACCCCUCCACUUACACCGUCGCCGCCUUUACACAUGUUACAAGAGCCGCAAGUCAGACCAGCACCUCCAGAUUUCCCAUAUAUGCACAAUUUCCAACAACAUUCCUACCCUGCCCGGUUUGGUCGUAUGGCAUAUCAACAGAGGCGGUUGACAGGACGACGAUGGAGACCCCAACCCGCAGUGCAGCAUCCCCAUCCACAUCCACAUCUACAUCCCCACCCCCACCCUCAUGCACACCCCCACACUCACCCCCACGCACACCCACAGCCUACUCAGCCAUCGUACCCAGGUCUACUGCAUUAUCUUGCUUUGCUGUCGAAUCCACCAAUGGUACCACCGUAUGGUAUGGAGAUUGAUAGUGAAGAUGGAAGUGAGACCGAAAACUAUGAGGCAUUAUUGAAUCUCGCUGAGAGACUCGGAGAGGCAAAACCUAGGGGUUUAACAAAGGCAGACAUUGAACAGUUGCCGUCAUAUAGAUACAAUCCCGACACCCACCAAUCGGGGAGUGAUCAAACGUGCUGUGUUGUCUGUAUGUGUGAUUUCGAACAGCGCCAGUUACUACGUGUACUAACGUGCAACCACGAAUUCCACACAAAAUGUGUUGAUAAGUGGUUGAAGACAAACCGUACCUGUCCAAUAUGCCGUGCUGAUGCCUCAGAACUCUCGUCUGCUCAAUCUGAUUAGGGGGAUUUACCCCUGUAUAUAAAUGGAAUCUACUACUAUUGAUUGUGUGGAUGGACCAUAACACUUUUUUGGGGGGAUGGCAUCAAUAAUGACAAGCUGCUUUGUGUGAUGCGUUGCCAAAACAAGCAUGAAUGAUAACACAACUGUUCGGUCACAAGACAAUAAUGUCCGAAUACAGAGGAGUACUUGACCGCGAAAUCAUUGCGUGAUUUUAUCCCUUUCCGAUCUACUACCUCAUUGUCAGACGAGGAAAACGAAGACAGACAUGCAAUAACUGUAGAAGCAAUUGUGCAAAAUGAAAUCAACAU